AGGUUAUUAUCCAGAAGACAGGAAGAAGCAAUUGCAGUAUAUAAAAUCUGGAAAUGCAGAAAUGAUACUUCAGUGGGGCUCACUCAGCAUCUCUGGAAGCUAUAAGAUCUAGUUUUCUUUCCUUCCGCUCAUUGACCCAGAGUCUCCAUCAGCCAAAAUGUUCCAUUUUGUGUUGUUUCGCUGGAUUAUGAUACAAAUCUUUAUAGUGCACACCACAUCUGAAACUGUUGUUAGAGGAGUAGUAGGACAACCUGUAAGACUGCCUUGCUUCUACCAGGUGGCACGAGAGAAGGACGUCUCUGAUAUGUGCUGGGGCAGAGGCCCAUGCCCAAAUUCAAAGUGCAAUAACAAAAUUUUGCACACCACUGGGAAUCGGGUGACGUUCAGAAAAUCUCAGCGGUACAAUCUCCAGGGCUAUAUUUCCUAUGGAGAUGUGUCUCUCAUGAUACAGGCAGUGAGGGGAGAAGAUGCAGGUACAUACUGCUGUCGCAUAGAAAUCCCGGGUUGGUUCAACGACAUCAAACAGAACAUAAAGCUGGUGGUGGCCAGAGCACACUCAGUGAAGACAACAACAAUGAGAAAGACUCCUACUUCUCCCAAACGUUUCAGAAAAACAACUCUUGCUCCUCAAGCAACCUCUGGUUUUCAAGGAACAACAGAAGCUGCUGUCCUUGUGACAACCGAUGUCCCCGUAGCAGCAGCUGCAACCACCGAGUCUCCAGCAGUAGAAAUGCUGGAGACAAUUGCUUCCACAGUGUUUGAUGUGACACCAAGUGAGACUUUUCCAGAAGCAAUGGUUACAAACAGUGCUCUCCCAGACUUUUCAACUGGUUUCCAAGCAGCUGAUGUGAGGACUGAAGAUGAUGAUGUGUUCUGCUCAACAGAGCCCAUCCCUCUUCCUGAAGUGACUACUGAAUUCCCAAGUACACAUCUGACUGCAGACAAAACCGAAAGGGCCAACACUUCUCUUGUGAUGGAAGAUGUGCCAACUGUAGCAAUAACCUUGCCAGUGCCAACCGUACUUCAGACACAGGAGACAACCCUUGGUCCUUCAGAGACUUCCGCAAGUUCAGACAGCAAUACUCAGAAAGUUGAUGUAAAACUGCCAUUAUCCAUCUCUGUCAUUCUCAGCGUAACUCUCUUAGCAGUGUCCAUUCUUUUGAUAUCAAUGCUGACGUCAUUGUUUUGGAAACGUAAACACACAAGGAAGUUUAUAUUAAAAAGCCUUAGACCAGCUGAAGAUCUUGAGAAAGUUUUCAGUGGUGUUGAAGGAGAAAACAACAUGUUUGUCCUGUGAAGAGCUCCUGCGUCGUCUGUAGACACUGUGGGAAAAAAAAAGAUGGCUGCACUGAAAAUAAAAAGGGCUUGUUUCAAGCUGCACUGAGAGAUGCUUAUGAGCCCUCAAAAUAUCAAUGGCUGUAAACCAAGGGCCAAGGCUUCAAUGUGAAAAUUUAAACUCUUUGCCAUGUCACCUUUAAAGCUCACUGUAUAAAGAAUCUUCUUUCAGAGGUGUUUUAUGCAUUAUUCAAUGGUGUUUCUGGGAUCUGUAUUCUUACUAACACCAUGUUAUAGAAUUAAGUUUGUUUCUCUCUGUUUUUUACUAAUGUUCUUCCUGGAAUACAACCUAUACUGUGAGGAACAGAAGAGCAGAGAAAUAACAAUGAAUGCUGCUUAAUUUUGAACUGCAAA